AUGGCCGGCAAUUUUUGGCAAAGUUCACAUUAUGAUCAGUGGAUAUUCGAGAAACAGGAGCUGCUGAGGAUGCGAAGUGAAGAUUUGAAGAUUUACACUGAAGAAGAGUAUCAAAAGUUAAUGAUCUUCUGGGCUAAUCUAAUACAAACACUUGCCGUCGAGGGAAUACAGCAGGGUCACCCAAAAACAAGAAUGCAGGUAAUCGCCACUGCGAUUGUUUACUUCAAGCGUUUCUAUGCUCGGCGCUCUUAUAAAGACGUGGAUCCGCUUCUCAUUGCUUGUGCUUCGGUUUUUCUGGCGUCGAAGGUUGAAGAACACGGUCUCAUGUCAAUGUCUAAUCUUAUCAAGACAAUCCCUAACUGUUUGAAAAAGUGGCCUAACCUUACCUACGACGCGUCGUCAAAAAAUAGUGGUCUAUAUGACGCUGAGUUUAUCUUGGUUGAAAUGCUCGACUGCUGUCUCGUAGUGUACCACCCCUAUCGACCUCUCACUACUAUGCUGCAGGUUGGUCUCGUUAUUGCACGGUAG